AGUCUUUAACCCGGUUCAUUCUCUCUGAUCAAUGAUCUGAUCCAAAUGAUCCGAUCACCGACAUCAUCUGAAACUCCCAUCACUCAUCUUUACAAUCAGACACUCUGAGUUCACCUGCUGCAGCCCACAGGUGAGCUGCUCCCUGACCGAGUCUCAGCAGCCAAUCAGCUGCCAGAGAGAGGAGAGUGACAGCAGGGAGAGCCAAUCAGCGUCCAGCUCAGAGCUCAGCGGCUCUUUAAGACUCAGAGAGAGUCAGAGUGAGACUAGAGUGCGGUGUUCCACCUGGUCUGAUGUGUCUGUGAGAUCCACCUGUGUGUGUGUGUGUGUGACCCUGCAGCGCAGACAUGAGAGCCGGCAGCCCGGUGCUGUCAGCGGGCAGGAGGAGGAGAAGCAGCGGGGCUCUGAGCUCCUCUCUGCGGGGAGUCUCCAGGAUUAAGAGCCCGGAGGAGGAGGAGGUGGUCCUGCAGGUCCUGCAGGUCCCGCAGGUCCCGGUGCUCCUGCUGCAGGACAUGGACUUGUGUUACCGGCUGCUGAGGAGGCUGGUACCCGGACUACCUCCAGGACGAGCCGCCAGCAGGGUGGAGAUCCUGCAGCAUGUUAUAGACUACAUCCUGGAGCUGCAGACCGAGCUGGAGGAGACCUGCCCGGCCACAGAGAGACCGGAUCCAAGGAGGCACCAAGACCGGAGACAGCAGCGCACACAUACACAGACACAUACACACACACACACACACUCACACACACUCACACCUGCCAGUGUGUCCUGGCCGAGAUCAGCAGCAGCUCGUUCCAACAAAGUGACAGACACAGAAUUCUAAGAGACGACAACAUGUCAUGAAUUCAGAACAGAAGUCAAAGCUUCUACAAGCUGAUCCAUCUUCCUCCAAUGUCUUCAGUCUGCUUUUAAAAACUAACCUCCUCAGAUGAAUCCCCUUAUUGAUUCAGUUUCCUCUCUCUGAACAUCAACAGUUGUUGUCUUUGUAAUUAUUGUAACAGAACUAGAAUAAAAAUAACAGUUUUUAAAGUUAA